AUGGCAGACGAAGAGAAAGAAAAGGCAGAGAAGAUCGCAGCGGCGAAGAAACGCUAUGAGCAAUUGAAGAAGAAGACAAAGAAGGCGGGCGGUGGAAAGAAGAAGGAAGACAAGGCAGAGGCACCCGCUGAAGCAGAAGCCUCUAUCGAAGCCUCCGCCGAAGCGACAACUACCGAAGAUCAGUCCGAACAAGUCGCGCCAGAACCGGUAGAAGCUACAAACGCAGCGCCGCCGCCAGAGGAGGACGAUGACGAGCCGUCGGAGCUGGCUGUGCCCAAGGCAGCACACGGCCGCAAGCCCUCAGUCGCUGUCGAGUCGCGACAGCGAUCUGAGUCCUUCUAUCGCUCGGGAGCCGCUGGUGGGCCUUUGUCGCCGGGAGGAGGGGUCACAAGCGAGGUCUACCGGGAACAAGCACAGAAGAUUGAGGAGCUCGAGAAGGAGAAUAAAAGACUCGCAAGCGAAGUUGAAGAAAACCAGGAAAGAUGGAAGAAGGGUGAAGAAGAACUGGAGGAGCUGCGAGAAAGCAGAGGAGACGUUGCGCUUGCAGUCGAGAAGGGCAAGGAGGCUGACAAACUGAAAGCCGAAGUCGAAUCCCUCAAGAGACAGCUCGCGCAGGCGCAAACGCAAAGCAACAAAUCUAUUCGUCGUACAUCGACUGCGUCACCCAGUCAGAGCGCAUCUAUCGAUGAUCUGAAUGCGCAAGUUGCUUCAAAGUCUGCGACUAUCGAGUCAUUGGAGCUGGAGAUCUCGAACGUCAACAGGCAGCUCUCGGAACAGACCACUAAGAACAACGAGCUUCAGUCACAGAUUUCCAGUCUGGAAUCCGCAGUGCAAAAGGCAGAACAAGAAGCCAGCUCAACGAAGACGGAGCUAGAGGAACUCAAAGCAAGUUUGGACAAAGCCGGGGAUCAGGCUGAGAAGGACGGCUCAGAUCGCGACUCUGCACAGACGCGCAUUGCGCAACUAGAAGCUGAGUUGGGCACGGCGAACCGCAAAGCUUCAGAUUCAGUCUCGCGCGCUGAGUUGUUGGAGAAGAAGAUUGAAACGCUCACACAGCUGCAUCGAGACAAUGACACCCGAAACCAGACGCGCAUACAAGAGCACAAGAAGAUUGAGCGAGAAGCGACAGAACUACGGACUCGCAUAACAGGCCUCAGCAACGAGAACGCACGUCUUCGAGAGGCAGAGCAGCGCCGCCGCAAGGCUGAUCUCGGUUCUAUCGAAGACUCAAGCGUACAAGAACUUCUGGACGAAGAGCGCGACCGCCUCCUCGCCAAGGUCCGCGAACUCGAGGAAGAAAACUUCGAACUUCGCCGAGGCGUAUGGCGCGACCGUCGCCAACAGAUGCAACCUUCUAUCGACGACCAGGCAGACGCCUCACAUCCCUACACCAGCACCAACAGCUUCGACGACAUUGACCUCUCUGGAGCGCCAUCCCGCCAAGCCCUCCCCAACCGCACACGUUCUUCCUUCCAAGAUGUCAUCCAAUCUGGCAUCUCAGCCUUCACCGGCCAGAAUCCUGCGCAUCGACGAAGCGAUGCUGCGAGUAAGCCGAAGCCUAGGCAAGAAAGUCUGGGUAGUCUCGAUGAAUUCGAAAUUGAUGAGGAUGCAUUUAGGCAAGCACAGGAAGAGGAGGCCAAGAAGAGGCUCGAGAGGGUUAGGGAGGUUAAGAGAGGGCUCGUGCAAUACAAGGGAUGGAGACCGGAUUUCGUGGAUGUUAGAGUGGGGAUGGGUGGUGUCUUCGAGAUAUGA